AUGGCGGCAAAAGAACCAUUACGUAUUACACGAUUACAUUCAUUAUUAGUUAAAAAGCUUGGUGACAGUGCUGAAAAAUAUCGUUUUGCAUCAGAAGUAGAAAUUGGUGAUGAACUGUAUUUGGCUGAAAGAAAUUCAUCUAAAAUAAUUUUUAUUAUUAUGUAUUCAUUAUUUCGAUCAUAUUUUCAACGCAUGUCGCCGUCACUCGUAUCAUCUAUAAUCCGAUCGCAUUCAUUGGUUCCUACAUCUCAUCCACCAUUCAAUUUUGUACCACCAAAAUUCCCGGUCUCGCUUGAACAACACGGGCAUUUACUUGUCGAAUAUAUUUCGUCGAUGUGUCUGGCAUUUAAUACUCAAGCAAUGAGUUACAUCAUGACACUAGCCGAUUCUCAUCGAAUUGAUACGUUGACGAUGCAACGUGAAUUUCUCAUUAUCGAUGCUGAUCGACAACGUCAAAUUAGUCUCCUAACAAGUGAACUAUUAAAAGCAACGAAUCGAUUCAAUUUAAGAGGUGCUAUUGAAUUUAUUCGUGAACGAAUCAAAAAUCGUUCAUCUUCGUUUGCCAUGAGCGCUACAGCUAAGCCGAUGCAAAUCCUGCUCCAGGAUCCAGCGAACGAGGAAGAAGGAGAAAAACAGACUGCUGCUUUUAAAAGCGAAGUUUUAACCAAUGAUGAAUAA